UCUUCUUCUUCCCUCCAUCAACUCCGAUCCAUAUCCAUCCCCCACACGCGCGCUCCUUGCUCUCGCUAAGCUAGCUCCCGCCAUGGCCAUGGCCACGCAAGCCUCCGCCGCCACCCGCCACCUCCUCGCCGCCACCCGGUCCCCUUCCUCCUCCCCCAAACCCCGCUCCCUCGCCUUCCCUUCCCCCACCUCCCGCGCCCCAACCGCCCUCCACGCCGCCGCCCCAGAAACCCCGGCGGCUCCCGUCGCCACCCCAGCCCCCGCCGGCUUCGUCCCGCCCCAGCUCGACCCCUCAACCCCAUCCCCAAUCUUCGGCGGCAGCACGGGCGGGCUCCUCCGCAAAGCCCAGGUCGAGGAAUUCUACGUCAUCACGUGGACGUCGCCCAAGGAGCAGGUGUUCGAGAUGCCGACGGGCGGCGCCGCCAUCAUGCGUGAGGGGCCCAACCUCCUCAAGCUGGCGCGCAAGGAGCAGUGCCUGGCGCUCGGCAACCGGCUCCGCUCCAAGUACAAGAUCGCCUACCAGUUCUACCGCGUCUUCCCCAGCGGCGAGGUGCAGUACCUCCACCCCAAGGACGGGGUGUACCCGGAGAAGGUGAACGCCGGCAGGCAGGGCGUCGGGCAGAAUUUCAGGAGCAUCGGGAAGAAUGUUAGCCCGAUUGAGGUCAAGUUCACCGGCAAGAACACCUUCGACGUCUGAUCGAUGUGGUUUGGUUUUAAUGGGGAUCGAUCGGUGUUAAUUAAUUAAGCAUCGUAUAUUUGCAUGCAUGCGUGUGUUAAUUAGUUCAUCCGUACGUAGCAGUUGAUGGGGUGCGGGGAUGAUGAUGAUCGAUCGAUGGACUACUUGUAAUUUUAAAGUUUCAACGAUGGGGAUUCAGCGAUGAUUAUAUGUACAUGUGUAAUUAAUUUGGUCACCAUGCAUGCAUGUUAAUUUGCUCUAGUAUGUUAAACUGUUGACGUUUUUACAAUUAUUUUUAAUACUA